AUGGGAAGAGGCCCCAGGACCCCAACCCUCACAGCCCUCCUCUGCCUGGGGCUGUGUGGGGGCCCCUGGGACCAGGUCCGGGCAGAGGCCCUCCCCAGACCCUCCCUCUGGGCUGACCCGGGCCCCAUGGUCAGCAAGGGCAGCCCUGUGACCCUCUGGUGUCAGGCGUCUCUGCGGGCUGAUGCCUACGGUCUGUAUAAAGAGAGGCGCUCUGAGCCCCGGCUUACGAGGAUCCCACAGGCCUCCAGCAACAAGACCAGGUUCCGCAUUCGAUCCACGACAUCACACCAUGCAGGGCUAUACGAGUGUGCCUACAGGGCUGGGCGCACCCUGUCUGAGCGCAGUGAGCCCCUCGUCCUUGUGGUGACGGGAGCGUUCAGCGCCCCCUCCCUCGCAGCCCAGCCAAGCCCGGUGGUGGCCUCAGGGGGGAACGUGUCCCUCGUGUGUACCUCACAGUCCACAUCCGGCCCUUUCCACCUGCUGAACGAGGGAGGGGCUGAGCCCCCCCGACGCAUGGAAUCGGAACGGAGGUCCAACGAUGGGAGGUCGUGGACCCAGGCCGUCUUCCCAGUGGGCCCCGUGAGCGCCUCCCGCGGGGGGACCUACAGAUGCUACGCAUCCUCCGGCUCCUACCCCCACAUAUGGUCACACCCCAGUGACCCUGUGCACAUCCAGGUCACAGGCCUGUACAGGUCGCCCUCCCUCCGGGCCCAGCCAGCCUCCCUGCUGCUGCCUGGGGACAACCUGACCCUCCAGUGUCGCUCGGAGCCCGGCUUUGACAGAUUCGCUCUGACCAAGGACGAGGGGCCCGCACCCCCUCAGCGUCUCAAAGGGCAGCGCAGCCCCGACUUCCCCCUGGGCCCUGUGGCCCGCACCCACGGGGGCCGGUACAGGUGCUACAGCGGACACAGCCUCUCCCAUGCAUGGUCGGCCCCCAGCGCCCCUCUCGACGUCCUGAUCGCGGGAGCGGACAGCAAACCCUCCCUGUCGGCCCGGCCGCCGCCCCCGGGGCCCUGGGGAGCCAACGUGACCCUGCUGUGUCGAUCUGAUACCAGAGCUGACACCUUCCACCUGCACAGGGAGGGCUCCCUGGACCCUCCCCUGGAGCUUCGACUGCAGGGCACGGCUGCCCCCUCGGAGGCCACCUUCACCAUCAGUCCUGUGACCUCGGGCCACGGUGGGACCUACAGGUGCUACAGCUCCCACAGCGCCUCCCGCUUCCUGCUCUCACAGCCCAGUGACCCCCUGGAGCUCCUGGUCCCAGAGGCCCUCCCCAGACCCUCCCUCUGGGCUGACCCAGGCCCCAUGGUCAGCAAGGGCAGCCCUGUGACCCUCUGGUGUCAGGGGUCUCUGCGGGCUGAUGCCUACGGUCUGUAUAAAGAGAGGCGCUCUGAGCCCUGGCUUACAAGCAUCCCACAGGCCUCCAACAACAAGACCGGGUUCCGCAUUCGAUCCACGACAUCACACGAUGCAGCGCCAUACGAGUGUGUCUACAGGGCUGGGCACACCCUGUCUGAGCGCAGCGAGCCCCUCGUCCUGGUGGUGACGGGAGUGUUCAGUGCACCGUCCCUCGCAGCCCAGCCAAGCCCGGUGGUGGCCUCAGGGGGGAACGUGUCCCUCGUGUGUACCUCACAGUCCACAUCCGGCCCUUUCCACCUGCUGAACGAGGGAGGGGCUGAGCCCCCCCGACGCAUGGAAUCGGAACGGAGGUCCAACGAUGGGACAUCGUGGACCCAGGCCGUCUUCCCGGUGGGCCCCGUGAGCGCUUCCCGCGGGGGGACCUACAGAUGCUAUGCAUCCUCCGGCUCCUACCCCCACAUAUGGUCACACCCCAGUGACCCUGUGCACAUCCAGGUCACAGGCCUGUACAGGUCGCCCUCCCUCCGGGCCCAGCCAGCCUCCCUGCUGCUGCCUGGGGACAACCUGACCCUCCAGUGUCGCUCGGAGCCCGGCUUUGACAGAUUCGCUCUGACCAAGGACGAGGGGCCCACACCCCCUCAGCGUCUCGAUGGGCAGCACAGCCCCGACUUCCCCCUGGGCCCUGUGACCCGCACCCACGGGGGCCGGUACAGGUGCUACAGCGGACACAGCCUCUCCCAUGCGUGGUCGGCCCCCAGCGCCCCCCUGGACGUCCUGAUCGCGGGAGCAGACAGCAAACCCUCCCUGUCGGCCCGGCCGCGGCCCCUGGGUCCCUGGGGAGCGAACGUGACCCUGCUGUGUCGAUCUGAGACCAAGGCUGACACCUUCCACCUGCAGAGGGAGGGCUCCCUGGACCCUCCCCUGGAGCUUCGACUGCAGGGCACGGCUGCCCCCUCGGAGGCCACCUUCACCAUCAGUCCUGUGACCUCGGGCCACGGUGGGACCUACAGGUGCUACAGCUCCCACAGCACCUCCCCCUUCCUGCUCUCACAGCCCAGUGACCCCCUGGAGCUCGCGGUCUCAGACUCAACCGCCCACGACUACACAGUGGGGAACGCCGUCCGGUUGGGUGUGUCUGGCCUGAUCCUCCUGGUCCUCGGGGGGCUGCUGUUGGAAGCUUGGCACAGCCAGAGAAGACCCCGCGGCGCGGCCAGGAGCCUCACGGACUCGCGGCCGCGCACCCUGCGGGGCCUGUCGGCGGCGGGGACCUUCCUGGGUCACUUCGCCUCGUCGUGCUCAGGGCGGGCUCCGGGGGCGCACGAGGCGCUGCGGACGGACGGGCCCAGAGCGCGGACCCCGCCGCGGACCUGCGUGUGCGCCGCGUGGCUCGCCCGGGCCCGAAACCACGGCCCUGCCACCCCUGCGGACCGACCUGCGUGCGGCCUGCGCCGCCGCCGCCAAGAGCCUCCGCUGUCCCUUCCGGGGCUGCGCCAAAGCCGCCGCGAGUCCUCGCUCCUCAAACUGCCCUGCGAACGCGCACAGCGCUUCCCCCGCAGCGACCACCUGUCCAAGCUCGCGCCGCGCCCCCGGCUGCCGCCGUAA